CCCACACACGCCAGCGCCUGCCGAAGCGAAGGGGGUCGAAGGUCGGUGGUCGGGCUGAAUGGUGGAUGCAUGGAUAGUGGUGUGUUUGGUUGAGUUCGGUUGGCUGGCUGUUCGUAUCGACAGAUCAGCAGCGCUGGGUGUAGCCCCGCAUGCCAUCACCAGAGCAGCUGUCCCCGGACGGGGGACAUGUGUGCCCCGCACUCACAUAUGCGCUGGCGAACGGGAUAAGACAUUUCGAGACCGUCGAAAGAGUGGGACCGUCAGGCUAACCACCGGCCCCCCUCACGAUGCUCCGAUGAGCCUGCGGGCUUCAGCUUCCCCGGACUCCAGACUCCAGGGCCCAGCCGCUGAGGCCUGAUCCUUACAGAUGUGUGUGCGGAGGGGAGGUGGCGUGCUCGUUCGAAUCCGGAUGCCGAUGGUCGAUGGAGG